UUUUUAUAAAUCGUUUAUUUACUUCCGGGAAGAUCAGCAAAAUAUUUCUUGGGACACGUCGAACUUACAGACAGCUUAACUAGCGAUAGAAUUCAAUAGAUUUAGUAUAUAUUAUUACUUCCAAAACAAAAUGUCUAACGACAUAGGGGAAUGGUAUCGCGGGAUACCCCAGAUAACUAAAUUUUGGUUCACCGGGUCUGUGAUUGUGCCCCUUGCUGCAAGAUUUGGGCUCCUUAAUCCUAUGUGGCUUGUUCUUCUGUUUGAACAAGUCGUAUAUAAAUUCCAGUUUUGGCGACCUUUGACGGCUGUGUUGUUCUAUCCAUUAGCGGGAGGUCGUGGCUUUCACUAUCUUAUCAACCUAUAUUUCCUGUAUUCAUACUCAACCAGACUAGAAACAGGCAUAUUUGAAGGAAAGCCAGCAGAAUAUGUGUUUAUGCUGCUGUUCAACUGGAUAUGUCUUGUGAUAAUUGGAUUUGUUGGAGAGGUUAUGCUUCUGAUGGACCCCAUGAUCCUCAGUGUGCUGUAUGUCUGGUGCCAGCUCAACAAGGACACCAUUGUCUCCUUCUGGUUCGGAACCAGGUUCAAGGCCAUGUAUCUACCGUGGGUGUUGCUGGCAUUUAACAUGAUCAUCGGAGGAGGUGGAUUCUCCGAGUUGCUGGGUAUCAUUGUUGGACACCUGUACUUCUUUCUCAUGUUUAAAUAUCCACAAGACUUCGGCGGAGUCCGUCUCAUUAACACUCCACAGUUCUUGUACAAGUAUUUCCCAAAUCGCCGAGGGGCCAUGGCAGGGUUUGGACAAGCACCUUCCAGUCGGCGUCGCCCUGACGACAAUGACAACAGGGGAGGCGGACAUGGUUGGGGCGGAGGAAACAGACUGGGUGGACAAUAGGGCACAAGUGGCACUGCAUGUGAUAAUGCAGAUGACUUUUGGAUAUGAAUAUCUGGGAAUGUUGGGCUCCUUUAUUGUAGCACUCAUUACAAACCGAUUUAAAGUGAACUUUUAAUUCAUUUUUCUAUUGUUUAUUAUGGCAAGAGGAUAUUUUAUUUUCAAAAGAAAUCAAUUGUUAUCUUGGUGUUGUACAUUUGUUUUAUUUAUAAGAAAAACAAUAACAAAACAACAACAAUUAAAUCAUUUGCUUGGUUUAAUGUUCAUGGGAACAUAUGUAAUGACUUGAUAUUGAGCAGCCCUUCUUGUAUAGGCUUUUAAGACGUUGUCUUUGUUCAGAGGAUGAAAAUGGUUUUGUACCUAAGGUUUUAGUGUUGUCAAGGAAACACUGAUCUGUGUAAAUUGUAAUGUUUUUAUUUCCAUAUUUUAUCUUAAGUCCUCUAUGAAAGUUGUUUUCAGCUUAUGUACUUCAGAUUUAUUAAAACAAGUUGUUUACUUGAUGUUGCUGCAUUAAAGAAUUGGGCAUAAUUCAGUUUGAACUUCAUGGAAAUUAGGUCAACAUGUAAAAGCAUUCAUUUACUACACUUAUGCCAUAUAUUCUGCAUGAUUGCCUCAAAUGGAUAAGUUUGGGAAAAUCAUAUCAGUCAGAGUGAUUAAGUGACAGUGCAAAAUUGCCCCAAACUACAAGACUGUUUAAGGUUUUACCGUUUCGAAUUUGAAAAUCAUAUCAGUCAUAGAAGAACUAUCCCAUGCAUUGAUAUAUACUGUGGUGCUCAUUCUGUUAUCAUGAAUAAUUGAAAAUUUGCAGCUUGUCUAAAUCCUUUGGGUGUCGCUGCAGCGUGGGUGGAGCGAAACCUUGUAGGUUCAUAUUUGUACUAACACACUAAAAUGGCAUGUAUGAAUUAAGUUGACUUUCUGCCUUUUCCUAUGUGUUUUGAAAUCCAUUGUUAAUAUUUUUAUUUUAAUUAGAAUCCAGAUCUAGUCAGGAAAAAGUAAUACAGCAAAAAUACCUUAAUGUUCACAGUGAACACUAAUGAAAAUGUGGUGUCAGGCUAUAACCAGUUAUUAUUUGAAUGUUUAUAUUAACUAUAUUCAUGAUGAUAACAUGAUCAGCUUCAUUAAAAAAAUAUAUGUAUUAAGAAGAAAUAAUACACAAACUCAAUACUAUUAAAUUCAAAUUCCUACCAUGUGUUUCAUGCAAUUUCCUGUAAUGCAUUACUUACUGUUACUUCAUAUGUACAUCUAUUAUCUCCCUGUAAGUGGUAUGGAUAUUUCCACUGAAGUAUCAUACUAAAUAUACUAUACUAGUAUUUAUAUUGCAUGACUUGUGUCAUUUGUGGAUAACUUAUGCUAUUUUAUGGAGUGAACAAUUUUAUAUAAAGAACGUUAUUUUUACAGAUUGUUGGCUCUGAUUAUCCUUCAAUAUGAUAGUAGUCCACACUCCCUUGAGGUGUGAUUUAUUGCAAAUGAACUUAGGUCAUGCGCAGAUAGCUCGAUUGCCGUAUCUCCUUUUUUUAACACAGACUUACCCCUUUUUCUUAUUCUGGUUGUGUACCAUUUUAGUUUAGUUUUCAUUCAUUGUUGUUACUCAACCACUUCUGUGAUGCUAGUAAGACUGGACUUUUUGGAUUUAUACAUCAUUCAAUGAUGAAGGUAAAUUUCCCCGCAUAGCUUCUAAAUUCCUCUUCAAUACUGCACGGAUGAGGUCAAUUUGCAUUGGCCAACCGUUAAAACUCAAAACAACCACUAUUACUUAGAGAAAACUCGAAUUACAUAUCUAUUCUCACUUUACAACUUCUAGCAGUAUGAUACUUACAUGUUGACAUCUUUAUUGUGUAUUUCACCUAUACAUAUUGAUGUGAUACAUGUAGCUCUACUUGUAAUGCCUUUAUGGAUAUGAAGAGUUGAAAUGUAUUUUCUUUUCCUUUAGCUGUCAUAGUUUGCAUAGCAUAAUACCAUGGAUACGGUUUGAUGCUGUAUUGUUUUAAUUCAUCCCAUUACAUUAGAAAACACGGUAUGAAGAAUCGACAUUCAUGUACAAUUACUAUUUAUGUGUAAAAUAAACAUAUUAAAUUUCAAA